AUGGGUUUUCUUGGUUAUGCAAUUCUAGCUAUUCUAACAAUGGUGAAGGCUGUCGAUGGGUAUGGAACUGGGUGGACUAGUGCCCAUGCUACUUUCUAUGGAGGAGGUGAUGCCUCUGGUACUAUGGGUGGGGCUUGUGGGUAUGGAAAUCUGUACAGUCAGGGAUAUGGAACAAACACGGCUGCAUUGAGUACUGCUCUGUUCAACAAUGGGUUAAGCUGUGGUGCUUGUUAUGAGAUCAAAUGUGCCAGUGACAAGAACUGGUGCUUACCAGGCACUAUAAUUGUCACUGCCACCAAUUUCUGUCCACCAAAUCUUGCACUCUCUAACACUAAUGGAGGUUGGUGUAAUCCUCCAUUACAACACUUUGAUCUGGCUCAACCUGCUUUUCAACAGAUCGCCAUGUACAAAGCUGGAAUAGUCCCUGUUCAAUACAGAAGGGUUGGUUGCAUAAAGAAGGGUGGGAUCAGAUUCACCAUUAAUGGUCAUUCUUAUUUCAAUCUUGUUCUGGUAACAAAUGUAAGUGGAGCUGGUGAUGUUGUUGCUGUGUCAAUCAAAGGGUCUAAACCCAACUCAAAGUGGCAGGCCAUGUCAAGGAACUGGGGUCAGAACUGGCAGAGCAACUCAUACUUGGAUGGUCAAGCCCUCUCUUUCAAAGUCACAACCAGUGAUGGACGCACUGUGAUCUCCAGAAAUGUUGCUCCUCCGAAUUGGGGUUUUGGCCAAACCUAUUCUGGACUCCAGUUUUAAUCCUCUCGAAACUCCAUUGAUAUCUAACCAAAAUCACACUUCGACACUGCCUUCAACUUCGACAUGGUGUUUUUUCUCCCCUUGUUUUGGUUGUGAAGACAAAUCUAACAUUGUGAGUGCGAUAAUAUGCUGGGCCUUUUUGGAAUGGGCCUGCGUAUGGGUUUUUAGCCUCUGUCUUUUUCCUUUGUUGGGCCUUAGAUGCGGUAAGUAUUAGAAAGCCCAUAUAAGAGUCUGUGAUAGUUUAAAAGGCUUCUGGAGGGCCUUUAAUUAGAUUUCUGGGUUGUUUUUUGUUGUGUCAUUUUUGGGCCGAGUGUUUGAUGAAAAGCCCAAAUCCUCUUCUCCUUAUCAUCAUCGACACCAAGUGUUUGAUGAAAAGCCUCUGAUAUCCCGUUGUAUCAUUCCUUAUGUGUAAGGAGAAUAAUUACU